AUGUCUAAGGAAAAUCGCACAAGGAAGAAGACGAUCGUUUCACUGGGCUCGAGUGUGGUGAAGAAGAAAGAUUGGCUCGUUGUUUUGCAAGACAUUGGCAUAAGGAUAAAACCAUUCUCAUCACGUACGAAAUAUUUAGUCGCUUCUAGUGUUCAGGAUGCUCAUUAUAGGAGAGCUAUUGCCCUAGGUAUUUAUGUUGUGAACGAGGAAUUUCUUCAACGAUGUUCUGAGUUGGAAUUUCAUGAUGACAUCGCGAAUGUGGCAGAAAUAUGUAGACUUCAAAUAUUCGCUGGCUUAACCAUCAGUUUCGUUGGAAUAAGCGAUCAAAAAGUCGAGGAUUACACUCGUUCUGUGGUGGACAACGCUGGCCGUGUAAGUUCUUCGACGAUGAACUCCACGCAUGUCAUAGUUGCGUCUGGUCAACCACCGUCGGCAUCUUGUUAUGGGAAGAAUCUGGUCACAAUGGAAUGGUUCCAUGAGAGUAUGGACUUGGGAUGGUGUGCGAAUGAGCAAUGCUUCAAGUAUAGACGCUUGGAGCCAUCGCGACUUCAACCAUCAACCAGCUUUUUGAUGUUCCAACGCAGGAGACGAGUUGAGAACAGUGCAAUGAAGUAUAAGAGAUAUCAGCUGUGUUUAGAAUUAUUCAAGACAGAAAUCAAUUGUCUGAAAACGUCAGAUUUCCUCGUAAGGAAUGCGCAUGUGUCAGCCGAAGCAAACGACAUCAUGUUUGGAGUAUUUGGUGGAAUGCGUCAAGCGCAUGAUGGAAUUGUACGUAGAAUGGGCGAGGUGCUGGACACGUGGAAUGAUCAUAGCACUAUAGGGGAUAUAUUCGUUGAAGGAGCGUCGUCGCUUAAGGAUGCAUACUUUCCGUACUUUCAUACAUUAGAAACGUCGUUGCAAUAUAUUAAGGAGUAUCGAAAGCAAAACGCAAAAUUUAAUUCCUUUAUCAUGGAAAAGGAACGUGACCGUUCUGUCGGAAAACAGAAACUUGAGUACCUUCUGAACGUUCCAUUCCAACAGAUCACGAGCCGUAUUCCUGUGUCUCUUAAAGAUGAGGAAAACAUCCUAGUGAUCGUUGUUCGAAACCAUUCAAAAGAUGCUGAAUGGUAUCUACAGAUACUGCACUCUGUUGAUUCCACCAAUGAAUUCGCUAAGAAAUUGGUCGGCGAGGUUUUUCAAGCUACAGGUAGACGUAUCUCGAUUGACGAAGGAUGUUUAUCAGAACUGGAUGAAGCCACAUUAAAUGAAUCGAGAUUUUCUUCGGCUACGUCGAAAGUGUUGCGUUGGGUGUCGUUACGUAAAUCGCGUUAUGUGAACCGCUCGAUAACAACGGCUGCCGCAGCAUUCGAAAGGAAUGACGUUGAAAAAGCACCGAAAGCCUAA